CAGUUUGCUACCGUCCCCUUCUCUAGUUAGAGGCUGCAAAACUAUCGAUAGGUAUCAACGCCGCGCGUUCGCCUCAGUAUAAUUGUUAAAUAAAUAAAUAAAUUGUAUAAAUCAUGUGCAAUGUGUAAAAAAAUGUGUGCGUAAGCCGCGUGUGUUAGAACGCAACGCGAAAGUGAAGUGCGCGUAGACAUUAGCAGCAGCAGCGGCAGUAGCAACAAUAACCGCAGUGCUGCGUGCGCCCACACCAACAAGAGAAGCAGAUACGGCAGCAAUAACAACAACAAGAAGAACCAAUUAAGCAAGCGCAGCAAGCAACAAAAGUGCCAAUAAUAACAAUAAUUAAUUAAGCGCGUGUUCAAGACAAAAUAAUUAAAUUAUUAAAAAACUCGAUGCGGCUUCAAAAAAUAAACCAAAUAAACAAGAACAGCAACAGCAACAACAACAACUGUUGUUCAUGUGCUUGCUGCUCGUAAACUCGCGUGUGUUUGUGUGUGUGCUGCUUGUGUUUGUAUGUGUGCGUGCGUGCGUGUGACAGCAGCAACAACAAAAGCAUUGGGCUUGCAAUCAACGGGAUCGCCAGCACUUGACGUCGCGGUCGCGGUCGCAGUCGACGUUGUUGGCUCUGUUAAUUUUCGUAUAUGUUAAAUAAAUCUGAUAAAGAAAAUGAAAUUAAAUGAAAUACAAAUAAUCAAUUAAAGUGCAGUUGCUGUUGCCCCAAUUGGCGUUUCUUGUGUUUUUCGUUUCGCUUCUUACUGCUGCCACGAAUAAACCAUUAAAGUAAAAUAGAAAAGUACAAAACAAAAAUCGUAAAAGAAAUUAUUAUCUGGUUGCGUGUUCUUGUAUUUGCCUUUGUUUGCGUUUUUAGUCCCGUGCAUUGUGCUGCUUCCUGCUCUCGCUCUUACACACACACACACAUACAGUCGCGCGCGCUUCUCUUGUUGUUGAUUUAUGCAUGUGUGUGUGCGUUGCUAACGGUUAUUGUCGAGCGUUUUUCGCCACAAGUUCUUAUCAGCGCGGCGCAACGGCAACGGCUGCGAGUUCAAGUUCGUCGCCGUCUGCGACAACAAAAACAACAACAACAACAGGAAUAACAAUAACUACAACCAGAACAGCAGCAGCCGCUGCAGCAAUAGCAGCAGCAGCCGCCGCAGCUACGACAAUUACAACUACAGCGACAAUAAGAAACGUGACUAAUGCACUGCUCGCGUAGCUUCUCAGCUGCCGCGGAUACAACAACAUUCUUCAGCGCAGCGACUGCGGCGUCGGCGUCCGCAUCGGCCUCCUCUGCCAGCACAACACCAACAAUGGCCACAACAACAACAGCAACAAAUGCUAAAGAUGGCGUCACAAUGCGGGAGAAAAAAGGCGGCGCCCUGCAGAAGCUCAAGAAGAGGCUGUCGCACAGCUUUGGCAGAUUAACUAUUUCCCGCGAGGAUGGCGACGAUUCGACACAUCAUCAUCAUCAUCAUAAUCAUCAUCGCGGCGGCGGCGCCCAUCAUAAUCACGGUAAUAAAGUUCCAUUCAAUGGCUACAACUCGGAGGAGUAUCUGGAUCGCCUCGAGCCCAAUGGCAAUAUACCCGCUGACAAAACAAAUUGCAGAUAUGGCGCACAAGAAUCUGCGAAAAAUGAUAAUAAUAAACCACAAGACUGGCGCAGCACGGACAGCACCGACCAUCAUGAUCGCGUACAGCGACAAUUGUCGGUCUCGUCGGACAGCAAGCUGCUGGACGAUGAUAUCAGGGAGGAGAUGAAGUACCAUUCGCAUGUCGUCAUGCGACCCAAGAAGCCGCCCAGACCCAAGUCCGAGGUCUUUCUCAACAAACAGGAUCCGCUUCCGCGACGAAAACGUUUCAGUGCAUUUGGGGGCGACUCACCCUUCGGCAAGCAGGAGGCCUAUGUUAAGCUGGAACCGCUCGGCGAGGGCUCCUAUGCGACAGUCUACAAAGGAUUUAGCAAAUUAACCUACCAGCGCGUUGCACUGAAGGAGAUCCGGCUGCAGGAGGAGGAGGGCGCACCAUUCACGGCCAUACGGGAGGCGUCGCUGCUAAAAGAACUGAAACACAGCAACAUUGUGACCCUGCACGACAUCGUGCACACCCGCGAGACGUUGACCUUUGUCUUUGAAUAUGUGAAUACCGAUCUAUCGCAAUAUAUGGAAAAGCAUCCGGGUGGGUUGGACCAUCGCAACGUGCGCCUGUUCCUUUUCCAGCUCCUGCGCGGCCUCUCCUACUGCCACAAGCGUCGCGUCCUGCAUCGCGAUGUCAAGCCGCAGAAUCUGCUAAUCAGCGACUGCGGCGAACUGAAGCUGGCCGACUUCGGCCUGGCCCGUGCCAAGAGCGUGCCCAGCCAUACGUAUUCCCAUGAAGUGGUUACGUUAUGGUACCGUCCACCAGAUGUUCUGCUGGGCAGCACGGAGUACUCGACGUCGCUGGACAUGUGGGGCGUUGGCUGCAUAUUUGUGGAGAUGGUGACUGGUAUGCCAACGUUUCCGGGCAUACGUGAUACAUACGAUCAGCUGGACAAGAUAUUCAAAUUGCUUGGCACGCCCACCGAGGACACGUGGCAGGGCGUCACACAUUUUCCCGGCUAUAAACCACACAAGCUGGGUUUCUAUCGACCACGAAAACUGGGUCACAAUUUUCCACGGCUGUACGAUAUCAUCGAGGGCGAGACGAUAGCGAACGCGUUCCUCCAGCUCAAUCCCGAGCAGCGCAUCGGCGCCGACGAGGCACUGCAGCAUCCCUACUUUGCGCAAUUGCCAAAGAAACUCUACGAAUUGCCAGACGAAACCUCAAUUUUCACCGUGGAAGGCGUGCAGCUGCAUACGGAACCGAAUCGACAGAAUAAAUGAAAAUUAAAGCAGGUCCUCUCAGUGGAUGGCGUACGUUUCUAUUGUUAGACCCAACUAUUAGCCCAACAGCAAACAACAAACAACAAACCACAAACAACAACAACAACAGCCCAGCUAAACAACCCACAAAACAACCCAGCAAACAACUCAAGCAACUAACAAACAACAAGCAAACAAACAGCAAUUGGCAGUCAUCAAAGUCGCGCGUCUUCAACCAUAAUUUGUCCAAUAAUCAGUGCGAGUGAGAUAGAGACAAAGAGAGUGAGUGGGAGUGUGAGUGAGUGUGUGAGAGAGACAGCAGCAUUUCAGUCAAAUAUAUAUAUAUAUAUAUGUAUAUCGUGCCUGGGCAUAUAUUAGUUACGUUUAGUUAGGCUACAUUCACGUCAUCUUUUAUAAGGAUACUCAGAGUUUAGUCAAAUUUUUGCUUUGCCGCUGACUUUUUCUUAUUUUAUGCAUAAACAAAAUUUAUAAUUUAAGCAAUAUUCAUUUCAUUUUCUUGUUAAGCUAAAAAAAUUGAUUCUAUAAAAUAUGUAAAUUUUUCUGUGCUGUCUGUUUAAUUCUACAAAAUAUUCUUGAUUUGUUUUUCUAAUCGCUCUCAGAUCAGAUUUCCUUUUGUCUAACUUCUGUGUUCAAUCACGUUUGUAUUUCUAAGUAGUUCAAGCAUUCAAACUAUCUGACUAAGCAUAACUUUUCCUUAUGGGUAUUUAGAUCCACGAACCUCGGGCCACCUAAGACAAGUUUAUAUGUAAACCUCAAGCCUAACUGUAGUUCUCCAACAAUUCAAUUAGAUUUACAUGAAAUGGAAGAUGCCAGAAAACAGCUCCAAUGAAUCCUAUCAAUAUAUAUAAUUAUAUAUAUAUAUUAUAUAUUUUACACAUCUUCCAAAUCAUCCUGCGAACAACUAUAUAGAGUAUAUAUAUUCUGUCUGUGAGAGUAUUCAAGGUUCGGCCAGCCGAUAAUUAGCUCUUGUUUGUUUCACUUUAUAUACUAUAUAUAAUUACUAUUAAAAUUAUGAUUAUUAUUAUUUUUAA